GGAAGGGCCGGCUGAGGGGGAGGCGGCGGGGCGAUGGCGGCGGAGCGCGGCCGGGCCGGCCCCCCGCGGUGAGCGGCGGCGAUGCGCGGUGCUCCCGGCGACGAUGGAGGACCGGUCCCACAAGGUGCUUCUGGCUCUGGUGAUGCUCUUCCUCUUCGCCGUGAUCGUGCUGCAGUACGUCUGCCCGGGCACCGAGUGCCAGCUCCUGCGGCUCCGCGCCCUCAGCCCCGCCGCUGCCGCCGACCCGUACCGGGCGGAGGACGAGACGCCGGCGCGGUUCGUUCCCCGCUUCAAUUUCUCCGCCGGCGACUUGCUGCGGCGGGUGGACUUCAACAUCAAGGGGGACGACCUGAUCGUCUUCCUGCACAUCCAGAAGACGGGCGGCACCACCUUCGGCCGGCACCUGGUCCGCAACAUCCAGCUGGAGCAGCCCUGCGAGUGCCGCGCCGGGCAGAAGAAGUGUACCUGCCACCGGCCCGGCAAGCGGGAGACCUGGCUCUUCUCCCGCUUCUCCACCGGCUGGAGCUGCGGGCUGCACGCCGACUGGACCGAGCUCACCAACUGCGUCCCCUCCGUGGUGGACAGCAAGAAGGAGGUGCGGCUCCGGCCCUCCAGUCCUGUAUCAGGUGAAGGCAGGAGGAAUAAAACGGGAUUUGCAUGGGCUUCUCCGAGAUCCUCGUUUCGGAAUUUCUACUAUAUCACCAUCCUGCGUGACCCCGUCUCCCGGUACCUGAGCGAAUGGCGCCACGUCCAGCGAGGAGCCACGUGGAAGGCGUCCCUGCACGUCUGCGACGGGCGGUCCCCCACCACCGAGGAGCUGCCCAGCUGCUACGCGGGGGACGACUGGUCGGGCUGUUCCCUGCAGGAGUUCAUGGAUUGCCCCUACAACCUCGCCAACAACCGCCAGGUCCGCAUGCUGUCCGACCUCAGCUUGGUGGGAUGCUACAACCUGUCGGUCAUGCCCGAGGAGCAGAGAAAUAAGGUUCUGCUGGACAGUGCCAAGGAGAACCUGAAGCGGAUGGCCUUCUUCGGCCUGACCGAAUUUCAGCGGAAGACUCAGUAUCUCUUUGAGAAGACUUUCAACAUGAACUUCAUCUCGCCGUUCACGCAGUACAAUAGCACAAGGGCCUCCAGCGUGGAGAUAGACAGGCAGACUCAGCAGCGCAUCGAGGCCCUCAAUUUUUUAGACAUGGAGUUGUACGAUUAUGCAAAAGACCUGUUCUUGCAGCGCUACCAGUACAUGCGGCAGAAGGAGCACCAGGAAGCGCGGCGGAAACGCCAGGAGCAGCGCAAGAUCCUGAGGGCGAAGCAGGCGCGGCGGAGGGAGCGGGGCGAGAACGGCUCCAGCACCGACUACACGGGGAACGUGGAGCGGUGGCGGCGGUAGUGGCGGGGGGCGCGCCGGGCACCCCCCACGCCGAGCAGGCCCCGCAGACGGGAGGCGGCGGAGCAGCCCCCCCCCCCCCCCCCCAGUCACGCUUCUCAAGGGUUCGGAGCAAAAAGAGGUGAAAACGUUGCCUUUGCAGUUGCCUUUGCAGUAAACGUCGUACCGUACGUGGAACACUCAAGCUGAGCGUGCGAUUAAAUUGUCCUUUUUAGGUUGGUUGGGUUAUUUGUGAAAUACGGGAGCCGAGGAGGCUCAUGGGAAAUGGUGGCUUGGACGUUUAUUUAAAAGGGAAAAAAAAAAAAAAAAAAGAAAAAAAAAAUCCGUAAAUUAGUUCUGAGUACAAAAUGGGAUGCUGGAAAAUGUUUAUGAUGCUCAGCUGAAAUCUAUCUGGGAAGCAAACUCAUUUCCUAAUAAUGAGCGUUUAGCAUACUCUCACAAUACAGUAUAGGAGCAAAACCUUUUCCCUUUGAUUUUAUCUUAAUUUUAUUUUAAUAAUGCGUUUCCAAGGGCACCAACUGCUUACGAUAUUUACCAAGUUAAUGAAUGGGCGAUGAAGGGAACAAUAAAGGUCUAGAAGAAAUAUUGACUAGUUUUAUGUAUAAUAUUGGCUUUUAAAAGGAAUAGAAGUAAUUUCUCUAGUUAUAUAAAUAUUUAAAAUUUUAAACUUUUUCUACCUACUGCUGUUUAGAGUUUUAAGCUUGGUCUGUCUCAUAUUAAAAAAAAAGACAAAAAAAAAAAAAAAAACAAAACCCAGACAUCCAUACUUUUCUGAACUCAAUGCCAAUGUUAAAGACACUGUUUCCAGAAUUUUUCAGGGCAAUAUGAUUUUAACCAUUCUGGAAAAGUUACAGCACAUCUUCAUGUUCCAUAAAGCCUUUUCCAAAUGAUAGUCAUGUGGCAGUGUCUAAUUUUAAGUCUUUCUUACCCAUUAGAAUCCAUAACGCUGAAUUUAUCAUUCCUUAAUAAUUGGUGGUAUAAACUAGAUGAAAUUAUGUUGCAGAUAUUUGUGUAGUGUCUUUAAAAAGUCAUAAAACUCUCUAAUCCCAGCAAUAUUACGACGAGAAUUGCUCAACGGAGGAAGUAGAUUUACACUUGAAUUAGGAUUUAAUUCCAGUAAAUCUUUGCUACACCAGAUAAGAACAGGGCUUUUUUUUUAUUUUUUUCUUCUUUUUUUUUUUUUUUUUUUUUUUUUUCCUGCGCUCUUGAGCGCUUCUUAGCGAUGACUAAAAACGAGGGGAACCAGUUUUUACCAUAGCCAUAGCGAGGCGGGAGGGGAGGCUGCGUGGGGCGGGGCAGCAGCCCGCUCCCCCAGCGGGCUUUGCCGGGGCGCGGGGCCGGGGCUGGGCCCCCCCGCAGCCCUUCGGCCUCGCCGAGACCGGCCGGGAGAGAGGGUGGGGGCGGGAGGUGCGAGGGGCUCCUAGAAAUCUCUAUGCAAAAAAAAAAAAAAAAAUUAAAAAAUAAAAAAAAAAUUUAAAAAUAAAAAAAAAUAUAUAUAUAAAAAAUAAAAUAAAAACCGCCAAACCUCUGCAAGGCUUGGGCUAUACGUUCAGCGGCACGCGGCGCUCCCGGGGCUCGCUUGCACCGUUGCCUGUAACAUUCUACCCAGCAAGAGGGCAGGGGGUCAUAAAACCAGGCAGAAGGCUUUAAAAACCUCCUACGGCUCCGCGCCCAAGUUAUCUGAAAGUUGGUUGACGUCUGAUGUUGUGUUGGAACCCGGGGGGGGCAGCAACGCUGCCGGGGGGGCAAGCGGAGAGCGAAGCAGCAGCGAGCCGAUACCCUGCGUUAGCAGCUUGGAAAAAGAGAAUAACUUCAUGUACAGCAAUUAAUUUUUUUUUUUUUUUUUUUUUUACAUGAGAACUGCCGUCGCCAACACGAUGUCUCGGUUGUAUUUUGGUUUUUACGGGGGGAAAUAAUUCGCUCUCAAAACUGAAAGGCACUGCUGUAAACAGGAUUUAACCGGGGGCGAGCUGGAGGGCCUGUUGCAGAAGGUGCAUUUUGUUUUUAUGCUGUGGUGUGCAUGGUUUACAGAGACUAGUUGCAUUUUCUUUGUGUAUACUGUUUAUUGUAUAUAGGGGAUGUACGAAUAUAAGGAUACCAUUUUGUCAUAACCAUAUCAAAUUCUACUGAUUUCCACUGUAGACGCUGUCUUAUUGUGUAGAUUUACAGGCCGAUCCACUGACUUUGAUUGUGUAAUUUAACAAUAGAACUGAUAAAUAAAAUUUAACUACAGUC